AUGAUUGCUAACAUGCCCUGCCCCCUGACAAUUCACUCUCUGGAGCUACCUCUAUUGGAACCCAGUAGCUCUGCACCCAUGCCGUGGAAGCUACGAAACAGCAUGGUCCGUGGUGUUUCUCCCCAGGGUGAGGAUGACGACAAGAACGUAUCAUUUCCACUUCAGUUGUAUAAAAUGCUAGGUCAGGCAUGCUCAGACACAAACAACGUUGGUGGACCGUUUGAAGAGACGGUAUCUUGGGAGCCCAAUGGCACGUCUUUCGCUAUUCACGACUUUUCGAAGUUCUCGACGUUGAUAAUGCCCAGAUACUUUUUCAUCUCGAAACUCUCUUCCUUCCAUCGAUUGCUCGACUUGCACGGCUUCUCUCGUUUACAGCACCAAUCCAGUAGUGGAGUCCACCAGGAAACCCACACGCACAGCCUGUUUCGACGUGGCAGUCCUCGUCUUCUCACCAGCUUGGUUCGCAGGAGGAGCAUCCAGUCAAAGGAAGCGAGAAGGACGCUCGUCAAGCCGACUUUGCUAUCCAUUGAUCAGUCGAAGACAACUUGUUUCAGCCCAAGUCCUCUUCUAGGGAGGCCAUCGGUUGCGUCUGUUGUCUCCAAUACAAGUGACUGGGAAUCGGAUUACAGCCAGCCUGAAGUUCCAGAUACCAGGGUUGUGCCCGCCUCACCGGCGCCUUGGUCGAGCCUCGAUGUUCCUGAAUGUGAGCUCACCGAGGCCAUCGACUUCCUAUCUGAUAUCUUCCCCUUCGAGGACAAGAAAGCUGCUGGUCUGUCAACGGUGGCGCCUCGGGUGGUACCUAGCACACUUUUGUCUCAAGGAACGAAUCCAAUUAAGGAGCCCAAACCGCUUUCCCAAUCAUUGGUUGGAAAAUCUCCGCCUCCGAAACUCAACAGCACCGUCGGUCCGCUACGCACACCGGGGCGAUUGAGAAAUGCCUUUGGAUAUGGCAUGCGGUGUGUGUGUGUCCAUGCCGUGGGACGAGGGAGGACAGCCAAAGGGUCUGUAGUGAAGCAAACAAUUUGCAUGGACCUUACAUCUCGAAAUCAGGAAGAAGAGGCUGAGCGGUUGCGCUUUCAGAGACCACUUGAGAUUUCCAUUUCAACAGAGAUGAACCAUAAGAUUUGGGGGGAGGAGUUGUUUGGACCCAAGUUGGUCCAGUCCUAAAAUUGCUUUCACUCUUGUCUAUCCACGCACGGAUGAAACUGUAUCCGCAAUCCGCAGCCGUGGUUCGCUUUGCACUUUCAGAACGGAAGAAAGAGUUUGCGGAUGCUUGGCGCCCC